UGUCUGCUGCCAAGCAGUGCCCCAGUGCCUCUUGGGUUUGCCGAGUCACUGGGAUAAAAAUGAUCCUUUACAAAGCCUUAGGAUGUAUGCAUCUUUUUUGGGAAUAGUUUUUUUUUUUUUUCAUUGCCUUGUUUUUUGUUUGUGUUACAGAAAAAAGAGUUUGAUGUGGAUAACCUCAGUAAAUCCGAGCUGCGGAUGCUGCUCAGUGUGAUGGAAGGGGAGCUAGAGGCCAGAGACCUCGUCAUCGAGGCCCUGCGGGCUCGCAGGAAGGAGGUAUUUAUCCAGGAACGGUAUGGGAGAUUCAAUCUAAAUGACCCAUUCUUGGCACUCCAGAGAGACUAUGAAGCAGGUGCUGGUGACAAAGAGAAGAAGCCAGUUUGUACCAACCCCCUCUCCAUCCUUGAAGCAGUCAUGGCCCACUGCAGAAAAAUGCAAGAAAGGAUGUCUACACAGCUGGCUGCCGCUGAGAGCAGACAAAAGAAGCUGGAAAUGGAGAAACUUCAGCUACAAACCCUCGAGCAAGAGCACAAGAAGCUGGCUGCCCGCCUCGAGGAGGAGCGUGGCAAGAACAAGCUGGUGGUCCUGAUGCUCGUGAAGGAGUGUAAACAGCUCUCGGGCAAAGUCAUAGAGGAGGCCCAGAAGCUAGAGGAAGCCAUGGCCAAGCUGGAAGAGGAAAAGAAGAAGACAAAUGAAUUAGAAGAGGAACUCUCUGCAGAGAAACGCAGAAGCACAGAAAUGGAAGCUCAGAUGGAAAAACAGCUCUCAGAGUUCGAUACUGAACGGGAGCAGCUUCGUGCCAAGCUGAACCGCGAAGAAGCACACACCACUGACCUCAAAGAGGAGAUAGACAAGAUGAAGAAAAUGAUCGAGCAGCUGAAAAGGGGAAAUGACAGUAAGCCAAGCCUCUCUCUCCCACGGAAGACAAAAGAUAGGCGUUUGGUUUCUAUAUCUGUGGGGACAGAAGGACCUGUGACAAGGUCUGUUGCUUGCCAGACAGACCUGGUGACAGACAGCACUGACCAUGUGAAGAAGUUGCCUUUGACUGUGCCUGUAAAGCCUUCCACAGGGAGCCCCCUAGUCUCUGCAAAUGCAAAAGGGAAUGUGUGCACCAAUGCCACCUUGCUCAGGCCAAGUGUUGACAGGCAGGCUUCCCAUUGUGACUUGAUUGGCUCCUCUCUACCCACUCUCCCACCUCCAAGUGCAAGCAAAAUUGAAGAAAAUGGACCUAGCCCUGGCUCAAUACCAGACCUAACAAGUAGCGUACCCCCACUUCCCAAUAACACUGGUCCUCCCAUUGCUCAAGCCCCAGGCACAGCUCCCCAGAACCACUCACAGGCUCCGCCUGUACACAGUUUACAUUCACCAUGUGCCAACACGUCUUUGCAUCCAGGUCUAAACCCACGAAUCCAAGCAGCUAGAUUUAGAUUUCAGGGCAAUGCUAAUGACCCGGACCAAAAUGGAAAUACUACCCAAAGUCCUCCAUCAAGAGAUGUCUCUCCUACAAGUCGUGACAACCUAGUGGCCAAACAGCUUGCUCGGAAUACUGUGACCCAAGCACUGUCAAGAUUUACAAGCCCUCAAGCAAGUGCAGCCCCAAGGCCCGGAGCCCCCCCUACGGGGGACGUUGGCACCUACUCUCCCGUUGGUCGCACCAGUUUAAAGACUCCCAGUAUAGCACGAGUUGACAGAGGAAAUCCUCCUCCUAUCCCUCCAAAAAAGCCAGGGCUCUCCCAGACUCCUUCUCCACCACACCCCCAACUCAAGGUUAUCAUGGAUAGCAGCAGGGCCUCAAACGCAGGGGCCAAGGUUGAUAACAAAACUGUGGCUUCGCCUCCUUCCAGUUUGCCCCAAGGGAACAGGGUCAUAAAUGAGGAGAACCUCCCUAAAUCAUCCUCCCCUCAGCUGCCACCAAAACCAUCCAUAGAUUUAACUGUGGCACCUGCAGGCUGUGCUGUUUCAGCCCUGGCCACGUCUCAGGCUGGUCACCCUCCCUAA